UUCCAUCCGUGAAGAUAAAAAUUUGAAACGUAUUAGCAGAUUCCUAAAAAUAUUUGAAUACCUUAAGGCAUCCAAGAUAGGCCAAAUAUUCAAGUGUCGCCAUGAGACAUGUACUGAAGACUUCUUAUUCAAGCGCGUUGGUGUAAACGGAGGUCAGGUGGUAGCAGUUGAUCCAUCUUCCAAUCGAUUAUCACAUCUAUAA